AUGGCUGAAAAGAAUAAAGACUUGGGAUCUGAAUCUCCAGUAGAUGCUCUAGAAGAACCAUCUAUCUCAACAGUAACUGAUGUCAUCAGUGAGGAGAAUUGUGUGUUUUGUCGGAUUGCAAAGAAGGAAGUACCAGCCAACAUUGUCUAUGAAGACCAAGACUUUAUAGUUUUUACUGAUCGAAAGCCUGUCUCUGACCACCAUUAUCUUGUUAUACCUCGACAGCACAUUCGUGAUCCUCGUGUCCUUACAAAAGAUGAUAUUCCACUGGUAGAGAAGAUGGUGAGUAUUGGCAAGAGAGUGCUGCAAGAGAAAGGAGGAAGCGAGGAGGAUUCAAGAAUGGGGUUUCAUUGGCCACCAUUUCUGUUUGUGAAGCACUUGCAUCUCCAUGUGAUGGCACCUGUAGCUAACAUGAGCUGGUUUCAACGGAGUGUGAUAUUCAGAGUGGACUCUAUGGUGUUCUCCACGCCACCAUGCUUGAUCCAGUACCUGAAGGACAAAAACUAA